UGUACGUAUUAAUAGCUUGAUGGCUAUAUAAUAAUUCAUCUGUCACAAUACAACAUCAAUUGCAGUGAUUCCCCUCUAAGUUGGAUCUCGUUUUCAUUCUCCUCCUAAACUUGCAGGUAGAUGACGGAAGAGAUAAAGAAAUGGACCGUGAUGAGCUUGGUCGCGGCGGCGGUAAUCCUACACAACGCAGCAGUUGCGGCGGAGCCACAAGUGCCAUGUCUCUUCAUAUUUGGCGACUCAUUGAUAGACCCUGGUAACAACAACAACUUGAAGACCAUUGCUAGGGUUAAUUUCCGGCCCUACGGCGUCGAUUUUCCGUUGGGGCCGACGGGCAGAUUCUCCAACGGCAAAAUGGUAGCUGAUGUCGUCGCUCAACUACUAGGGUUUGAGGAUUUAAUUCCCUCGUAUUUGAAAGCUCGUGGCAACCAAAUACUAAAGGGAGUGAACUAUGCCUCCGCUGCUGCUGGAAUCAGACCAGAAACCGGCCGCAAUUGGGGCCAACGGAUUAGCUUCGACGAGCAACUGAACAACUUCAAGAAGACCAUCGCACAACUCGCGACCAUACUCGGCGGUCUAGGCGCAGUAUCAAAUUACUUGGGCAAGUGCAUAUUCCUAGCCGGAUUCGGCAACAACGACUACCUCAACAACUACUUCCAGCCUCUAUUUUACAACACCAGUAAAGUCUACACGGUCAAACAAUACACCCCUCUCGUCAUCAAACGAUAUUCCGAGCAACUCAAGGUUCUGUACACCUUGGGAGCUCGGAAGAUCGCUCUAAUCGGAUCAUCGCCGUUUGGCUGCAUCCCGGCGGAGCUGCUGGUGCUCAGCCCCGAUCGCUCUACAUGUGUGAAGGAUGAGAACCGAGCAAGCCAGAUGUUCAGCAAUCAGCUCAGAGCAAAGAUCGACGAUUUCAACGCCAAUUUUCAUGGCGCGCAAUUUAUCUUCAUCGACGGUUAUAACCCUAUCAUGGAUGUGAUCAAAAACGCCGCAGCUUAUGGUUUUAAAGUGAAGAACAGGGCGUGCUGUGGCGUGUCGUCUUUAAUAUGUCUCCCUGACGAGUCGGUAUGUCCAAACAGAAGUGAAUACUUGUUUUGGGACUUCGCACAUCCCACAGAAGCUGCUUGCUUGCUGGUGGGAAGAAGAGCAUACCAAUCUCAGAAGCCAACAGAUGCUUAUCCCUUUGAUCUUCGCCGCUUGGCCCAACUUUAAUUGAACACCAUCAUAUCAUCAUGGAUUAAAGCUUUGUUUUUCAAUUAAUGUAUGGAAACCGUACGGAUCAAUAAAAUUUACACUCGUGCAUGAGAUGAUUUAUUUUUCAGAAAA